CACCAAUACCGUCGCCAUGCCUCACUCGUACGGUCUCCGUGCCGGCACUCGGUAUGCCUUCAGCCGCUCCUUCAAGGAGCACGGUAUGAUCCGUCUCUCCACCUACAUGAAGACCUACCGUGUUGGUGACAUCGUCGACAUCAAGGUGAACGGUGCCGUUCAGAAGGGUAUGCCCCACAAGGUCUACCACGGUAAGACCGGUGUCGUCUACAACGUCACCAAGUCCUCCAUCGGUGUUCUCCUGUACAAGCGCGUCGACAACCGCUACCUCGAGAAGCGCAUCAGCGUCCGCAUUGAGCACGUCCAGCACUCCCGCUCCCGCGAGGAGUUCAUCAACCGUGUCAAGGAGAACGCCCUCAAGAAGCGUGAGGCCAAGGAGAAGGGUAUCCACGUCCACCUGAAGCGCCAGGCUGUUGGUCCCCGUUCCGGCCACCUCGUUUCCCAGGCUGGUAACGCUCCCGAGACCGUUGUCCCCAUCGCCUACGACACCCACAUCUAAGGGACUCGCAUGGAAAAUGGGUCUGUGGGUUCGGUGCGCGUGGUUAUUCGGUGUUAUUUGAGAACUGGGUUUACGUCGCUUUUUCACGCCCAAGUGGCUGGAACUGGACUUGGGCUGCAUGAGACGACGCGUGAUGGGUCUUCGAUGCCCUGGCACAUCUCAAGCCUGUGCAUAGAUUCCCCUGAAUGAAACAAAAAUCAAAAAUUUCCGAGUUCACC